CCUGGCUCUGCAGUCAUGAGUGAACAGGGAGUACAGGAGGGGACUGAGCACUCACCCCUGGGUGGCCCCUGUGUUGAGUAUCAGCGUGGCCGAUGUGUUGUUACCUACCCUUACCACCUGGGGGCGGCCCGUCAGGAAGUCCAGGAUCCAUUUGCAGAGGAAGGUGUUUAGUCUCAGGGUCCUUAGCUUAGUGAUGAGCUUUGAGGGCACUAUGGUGUUGAAUGCUGAGCUGUAGUCAAUGAAUAUCAUUCUCACACAGGUGUUCCUUUUGUCCAGGUGGGAAAGGGCAGUGUGGAGUGCAUUAGAGAUUGCACCAUUUGUGGAUCUCGCUGGGGCGGUAUGCAAAUUGAGUGGGCCUAGUGUUUCUGGGAUGAUGGUAUUGAUGUGAGCCAUGACAAGCCUUUCAAAGCACUUCAUGGCUACAGACAUGCCUGCUACGGGUCAGUAGUCAUUUAGGAGGUUACCUUAGUGUUCUUGGGCACAGGGACUAUGGUGGUCUGCUUGAAACAUGUUGGUAUUACAGACUCAGACAGGGAGAGGAUGAAAAUGUCAGUGAAGACACUUGCCAGUUGGUCAGCGCAUGAUCGGAGUACACGUCCUGGUAAUUCGUCUCAGCCCUGCGGCCUUGUGAAUGUUGACCCGUCGAAAGGUCUCACUCCCAUCGGCUGCAGAGAGCGUGAUCCCACAGUCGUCCGGAACAGCUGAUGCUCUCAUGCAUGUUUCAGUGUUACUAGCCUCGAAGCAAGCAUGAAAGUAAUUUAGCUUGUCUGGUAGGCUCGUGUCACUGGGCAACUCUCUGCUGUGCUUUCCUUUGUAGUCUGUAAUAGUUUGCAAGCCCUGCCACAUCCGACGAGCGUGGGAGCCGGUGUAGUACGAUUCGAUCUUAGUCCUGUAUUGACGCUUUGCCUGUUUGAUGGUUUGGUUACAUUUAACUGUAACUCAGUAAAGUUGUGGAAAUUGUUGCAUGUUGCGUUUAUAUCUUUGUUCAGUAUAUUAAUUGAUCUUAUUGAAUCCCAUUAGCCUUGUCUUCCACAGUUCCCAGGAACCUGGGAGUCCCCUUCAGACAUGCUGAACGUCUGGCCACUGGGAGGACUUAUGAGAACAGGGCGUUUGAGGAUGAUGAUUUGGUGGCUGUGAUUGAACAAAGCCCCGACACGUCAGAUACACGUACCAGGCCCCCUGCCCCCAGCCCAGUCACUGUGAUGAUAGACCCUGCCUUUGAUGAGACUCAGGAGACACAGCCUCGCCCCCCGUCCUCUUCAGAACACUCAGUCAUAGCAGAGACCUACCCUGAGGCAAUCGAAUACACACAGGUUGACCCCUUCCUGGAUGAAGAGAAAGACUGCAGCCUGUCUCACCCCAGCAUCCAGCUGCAGUGUGUGGAGGACUGGGGGGGUGGAGGAGUAUACGGACAAUGUCAGGGCCAGGACUUUCUCUCUGAGACCCCCGCUCUCACUCCUUCACCUUUCCGCUCCCUGUCUCCCUCCCCUCCUCCUGUGCGUGAGGAAAGCCUGCGCUCCUCCCUGACACUCCAGACCACUGAGCCCUGUGCCACGCCCAUCCACCACAGCGUCAGCAUCUCCCACGGUAACGCCCCCCUCCUCCUCUCCCACUGCGUCUCCCUAGGCCUCACCACCGUCGCCGUUGAUGUUCACUUCUACCCAGCAGCUCUUGCGUCAGCCACCGCUGCCCUGGCGACCGUGACAGCCGCCACACAGGUUAAUGCUACCGCCGCUGCUGCUCCAGGGCCCCAGCUCAGCUCUCGAUUGGCACAAGGUCAGGAGCAUGACCAAUCGGCUCCCAGCAUGUGCCAGAGUAAGUAACUAGAUAGAGGGAAUGCCGGAUGGAGAAUUGGUUCCAACCCAGAUGUUGCCAUUAGUCUCCACUUUGGACAGCUUGGCUGGAUUGUUGGUUGUCUUCACGUGUCUCUCUGUGUUUAUCAGCCUGUUUCCUCUGCCUUGAUCUGACACUGGUGUGGAGAAUGUGUUUGUGUUGGAACCAUACACUGAAGACUAUAGGACAACAUCCUAAAUGGUCUACACAUACUGUACCACAGUCAGCUAUAAACACGUCAACUACAUAAUGUCAAUGUAUUCUGUUUCUGUCCUUCAUAAAGAAAAGUCAUAGGAGAUUUUAAUUAUUGAUCAUGUAUAUUAUGGCUUCAUUGUGUAUUACAAAUGUCAGUUACACAAUGAUGCUUGAGGCCUAAAAUAAUGCAUUUAUAGGAAGCAAAAACUAGAAUAUGUAUAACUGCUUUCAUAAUAUUCUUUUACAUGCCAAUGUUUCUCUGCCUUGACUGAAUAUAUAGCUCAUUAUAUUUAUAUAUACACUAUAAACUCAUUUGUGUCAAAUACAUUUUCUCAGUUGAAUAUUCUACAAUGAAAAAGCCAAGGAGAAAACAGCUGUGUACAAAAUAUUGCAAUCUGUUACUUUACACUUCCUAAUUAGGUAAUACACAACCUCUCUCUGUUGCACCAUAAACCGACUGUUACUUCUGUGCUGAAACCAAAGGAAGGUGACGACAGGGCUUAAUUUACUGUAAGUCCCAAUUGAGACCCAGCUGACCUGAAAUUUCAUUUAUCUGGAUCAGUUCACUUUAUGAUCAGUGAAAUGUCUAUAAUUUUCAUGAAUGUCCCUUUCCUUUGCUACUGCCAUGAAUUCAUUACUCUUAAAUGAAUGUGUUAAACUGAAAAUUAUAUUUUUUCCCCCUGUAUUUCUCAUCUUUUUUGUUUCAAUAACAUGUCCAGUAUCAAUUGUUGCUAACAAAAGUUAAUGUCAUUUUUAAAAAUUUUAUCUUACAUAUUUAUAUUUGAGUGUAUUAAAUCAGUGAACUUAUUACCUUUGUAUGGGUGAUAAAAUGCCAACAAAAAAAUAUAAAAAGUUCUAACAUUCACAUACUGUGAUAAUUAUUUUAAGUACUGUAUCAAAUGCAUUUUUAUUUACUCAACAAUGGACACAAAUAAACAGGGAAAUAAUA